UAUAUUAACGAAUUUUAAAAAAAAAAUGAUGUUACUGGUCCUUUAACUGAAGCCUGGUUCAGUGCAUAUUUUUGCCUUCUCCUUUGAAUAGUCAUGUAAUAGAUAUUUACUCCAACCCAUACGGCCGUGCCACUAGGUGUGUCGCUGAGCACAAAUAAGGGAGGCGAUGCUUACUUAUUUAUUUCGAAGCUCACUGGCCCCACCCACGAUAUUAAACCUUGAUGAUGUCAUGAGAAAAGAAUUAAUUGCACCACUUAAUAGUAGAAAUAAAUGCAGGCAGUUUGCUAAAGACAUCUGUAUUUGCAAUAGCAUAACAAUAUGUCAUCCAAGCACAGCUUAUUGCUUUCACCGAACAAGCAGAAAAGCAGGAGGGCAAUAUGUAUUGUACCCUGCAAGGAAUGUUCAUUAUCUGCAUAUGUUUUAAUAUUGAGUACAAAAAUAAUCAUAAACAUUAUGAUUGUUGCCUAUAGAAAACAUUUAUUCAUAGGAUGUUCAGAUUAAUAGUAACAGACCAGGAAAAGAACAGACUGGGGUUGAUAAAAGCAGUCCUUGGGGAGGGGCAGGGUUAUGUAGUUAAUUAACUGCCCUCUGCGGUUUUCCUCAUUUUUCCUGCUGAGCAGGUUGCUUGCGAUCACUUGGAUAAUACGAAACCAAGCCUGUUCUGGGAAUGUUACUCUUUACUCUGAAUAUUAAAAUAGGUGUGUAUAAAAACAAUAGGGGUCAUUCAGGACCACAAGCACAGUUGCAGGCCUGCAAAUUUCCCACAAUCAGUUGCAAAUAAAAGGAUAUUAAAGAUACUUGCAUCAACAUGCACUCCUUAUACUUGGCACCAGUAGAAUAACUGUAGGGAAGCAGAUCUGCAGUCACAAGGCAGCCUGGGGAACAGGGGGGUCCAGACUGCGGGGUCUGCUUCCUCUAUAGCUAAUAAAAAACCUCCUCCCCAGCCACUCUCUUACCUGUGGCGAGGAAGGUGGAUGCAAAUUUGGCAGGGUGGGGAGUGGGUCGGUGGUGGUGGUACAUGGGCAGAGCAGAGACGGGAGGAUGGGGAUCAGAGUGCGCCGGGCCAAUCUGAAGAUUUUUUUGCAGGGGGGCCUGGCACACUCUAGUUACACCACUGCUUGGCACUACUACCUCCUGUUCCAUAUCAAGCGUUGCUAUACGUAUUGAUGCAGGGCACCCCUGGAGCUACCGCCACCAACCAAAUGGUAGCUCCCACAGCACCCUGCAUAAAUAGGCACAGCACAAACCUGCCAAAGAUCUGAAGCACAUGCGUCACUCUUGUGCCGGAAAUGUAGUCAAUCAGGCUUAGAAAACUUUCAGCACAAUUGCGUUGAAGUGCAAGCCCAAGUGUGUUCAUUUUGACACAUCCAACACAACUCCGUCAGGCACAAAAUGCUACAUUGUGGAAAAAAGCCUUCUGCAUGAGUAUUCUCAAGGCCCCCAUACACGGGCCCAUAACAGCUACUGACAGACUGAGUCGGCAGUUUAUCGACCCGUGUAUGGGGCCAUCCAACGGGUGUCCCCGAUUGAUAUCUGGCUGAAAGUCCGGCAGAUGUUAAUUGGGCAGGGUAAAAAAUCCAACUGUUCGAUGCAGUGCCGCAUUCCUACCGCACAUAUGACCUCCAUUCUGAUCCGAUUCUUGGGCUCUAGGGCCAACGAUCUGGUCAGCCCGAUAUCGCCCACCUCAAUGUGGGCAUAUCGGGGAGAGAUCCUCUCGUUUGGUGACCGCCAAACUAGCAGAUCUCCCUGUGUAUGGCCACAUUUAGUGCUAUUGAACUUCCAAUAUAAACUGUCAUAUUUGCAGUGUGGUCACUGACCAAAAUUGUGCUAAUUGUCCACUUAUUUUAAAAGAAUGGAACAAGGUACAAAUGAAUAUUUCUAAGGGACUGGAGACCUUUGGUCAAUCUGUUACUCCAAUAUUUAUACAUAAUCUGAAAUCUGCUUUUCGGUGAAUUUAGUACUGCCACAAUUCCAUCCGUUCUAUUGAAGUCUAAAAUAAUUUUAUUGGCAGGAAAUAUUUUUACACAAUACCACUUGUAAAUAUCCUGUAUAUAUCCUUGUUUAAAGGGCUAGUUAUGUAAUACCAGCUAUUGCUCUGCUCACCUCAUUAAUUAUUUGGAUUUUUAGACACAGCAGUGAGAGAGUUAUUAGGGCGUCAUUCCCUUCUCACACACCUUGCUUUGUUCUCCACCACCUCCCAAAUCCAGAAUCUGCCGGGUAGAUCCCAGGAUACAAUACAAGAUGUCGACAGACAGAGAGACGAUGCAUCAAGCCUUUUAGACUGAAGGCGAAAGGAAACUAUGCAGGAAUCAUUGCAGAUAAAGAAGGGGUUGGGAAUAAGUUCUACAUCUAAAAAUGGGGUGUCUCUGAGAAUUAAUGUAAAUAGUAGGGACACUAGAAGGGAUCAUCUCUGUAGUUCAUUGCACGUAUAGCACGUCGGUUGCUAGGUAGACCACAUAACAAGUAAACUGUGACCUCUAUUAUCUGCCUGGGAAUAUAGAGGCAGGAUAGAUAAUGCAUAGGUAGAGAAUAUACAUUCAUAGAAGAACAAAAAUAACAUUUGUAUCUAAUUUGUGUUCUAAAUUGUAAAGAAAGUCAGGAUACAUAUAGACAGAAACUUUUUCUUGGGAAUAGCAACGGUGCAGAAAAAGAUCGUUCACAGAUAGUCUCAGUGUCAGGGAACAUCAAAGACCAGUGAUUAAGUGACAACUCUUCCUGAACCCUUCAACAUGAGCCGUUCUUCAGAGGCUUGGGAUGCUCCACACAGUUGUGUAGGUGAGUGCUUUCUUUCAGCGCUCUGCCACUCAUCAUGGAGGGGAGGUCCUGGCCCACCAAUGAAUGCCAAUGAAUUGUUCCUCUUCUGCUCGCGACUCAGGACAGUAGACCAGAAGCUCAAGGAGAUGAGAAGCAUCUAUAAGGGGCCAGGUUUCCCCUCUUCUGACCAAGCCGAGGUGAAGUUAUCUGAGUUACUCCAAUCUGUUGUGUUCCUCCUCUACAAAUAUCCAGCUCUCAACUCCCAUUGUGUACAAGAGGCCAUGACUACCCUUAUACACAGAGUGCGAGAUACCAGCAUGCCAGGUGGUUCCACAGAGGGUCGGAAGAGAUUCAGUGAAAUAUUCCGAGCUUUGGAUGCACUGGAGAUAAGCCUCGGAAAUGAGACAGUGGAUAUGUUCUUGAAUGAUUCAGAGCAUUUGGAACCCCAUCCAGAUGAGGAAGAGGAGUCAAUGAUCAGCACACCGUUGGAGCUAUCACGGGCGUCAGUUGAUCAAGGAGUUGAGGAAGCUGAUGAUAUCCUGCUGCACACUGAAGGUGGAGUGGAGUCAGCGCUCAACUAUGCAAAGCGUUGGUGCAAAUAUGUGAGGGAGGUGUUGGGGUAUAUGGAAAAAAAACUCAACAAUGAACUUGAAUUUGUUAAGAACACCAUUAAACUGGCCGAGUCCACCAGGCUCAUCUUCACCCAACAGGCAUCCAUGCCUUUACAAUGUGUCCACCUCUUGCUCAUGGACCAUGAAACCCAGACAGCAAACGCUGCUCAUGAUACCUUGGCCCAGUUACAGUUGAAGAAAUAUUGCCAGCCACUAUCUGCAAAGAAGACAGAAAUCGAAAAAUGGAGGAAAGAAUUUCGGGAGCAGUGGCAGAGAGAGCAGAAACGAAUGAUGGACUCAUGUGCAGCACUGCGCAAGUCUCGGCAGCUAUAUAUCCAACGCUGUGAGGACCUAGAAAAGGCAAAGCAACUGAGUGCAAAGAUAGAGGAAGAACAGAAUGUAAGUGGUCACACAGGAAGUGCAAACAAACUUGUGGAGAAAAGAAGGAAGUCCCGGGACGAGGCCCAGUCCAAGGCCAUAGAAGCGGAGUUGUCAUACCGUUCGUGUGUACAGGAGGCCAAUGCUCGCUCUCAGCAGCAACAAAAGGUCAAAGAGAGAAUUGUAUCGCAUAUUAGGAAGCUGAUAACCCAGGGGGACCAAGUACUGAAGGAGGUGACCAUGAACCUCUUGCGUAUGAAGGAAUCCCAGUAUGAGGCUAUCCCUUGUGGUUAUGGAGGUCUGCUGACUACAUGUGACCCCUAUGAGUCUGGGGCGCGAUACCUGCAGUUCAUAUUGACUCUGCCACGGAAGCACACAGAUCCUGAAAAAUUCUCUUUCGAAGAGUAUAUCCCAGCAGGACAAAGAUCACCAUCUGUUGGUAGAUGGAAGAAUGCAGUGCAACUUGUCAGAGUCUCCUCAUCUUUGUCUGACCUCAAUAUAAAGACAGAGGAUGGAACAUUAAAGGUAUCAGCAGGGGAAAGGGGUUCAUGGGGCAGCAAAAUUCCCAGCAGUGAUUCAGAGAGCAUGGGUGCUACCAGCGACUACAGAUCCCAAGAGUCUUUAAGCGACAGCCCAGGUGACUUUGCUAGAAGAAUACCUAAAGCUUCCUCCACUGGUACGAUGUCUUCAGAUGAUCUAGAUGAAAGAGAUUCUUUCAAUGCAGAGGAUGUUGAUUCAACAGAUGCCAGUUCUGAAAAUGGUUUGCCACUGCAGAGUAUGGAGAGGCUGGGGGUUCUGUCACUGGCUGCUCAAAGUCACCGUCUUAAGAGGACGAGAGUCCCCAGCAAGUGCAGGGAGUGUGAGAACUUUCUGGUUUCUGGUGUGGAGUGUGAGGAGUGCUUACUGACAUGCCACAGAAAGUGCUUGGAAGGCCUACUUAUAAAGUGCGGUCAUCGGAAGCUUCCCCCUAAAGUUCCCCUGUUUGGAGUAGACUUCAGCCAAUUUCCUCGGUACUUUCCAGAAGAGGUUCCUUUCAUCAUUGUUAGAUGUACUGCAGAAAUUGAACAACGGGCACUGGGACAACAGGGUUUGUAUCGUAUCAGUGGAGCCAAAGCCCGGGUGGAGAAGCUUCUGCAGGCAUUUGAGAAUGGGAGAGAUCUGGUGGACCUUUCAGGCCAUUCACCACAUGAUAUCACAAGCUCACUCAAGCAUUUUCUAAAGGAGCUCCCAGACUCAGUUGUCCCUUAUCAACUUUAUGAGCAAUUCAUGACUUUUUCAAGAGACUACCUGGAAGACACAAAGAAGAAUGAAGCUGGCCACGAUGCUAUUCAUCAAAUGAAGAAUCUUCUAUGCAGGAUGCCUUACAGUAACUACAACACACUUCGUCAUCUCACAGCUCAUCUGUACAGAGUUUCAGAGAGGUUUGAGGAUAACAAGAUGAACCCUAAUAAUCUGGGGAUAAUCUUUGGACCAACUCUGAUUCGUCCAUUGCCUGGUCAGGACAUAUCAGUGAACUGUCUGAUUGACACUGGUUACCAAUCCCAGGCAGUAGAAUUCCUUAUAAACAACUAUGAGAAGAUCUUUGGGAUGGAUGACUUGCCCUCUGCCAGACCCCAGAAUUCAGAGGAGGAAAGAGCAGAAGUGGAAAGAGCAGAAGAUUUAAGAGGGUCCUUUGCCAUUAAGGUAGCAUGUAUGUUGGCAGAAACCUACCUGAUGUUUCAUCUGUACUGCAGUACAGAAAUAGCAUCAGGGUGUAACAGAGACUUCAUCAGACAGGCGUGUAUCAGAUGGUGACAGAUUCCAACAAGAGGUGAAAGAAGACCAAGAAGUAGAAAAUUCCAUUGCCAGAGAAGCUUAUGGAACAGUCCAAGACUAAAGG